AUGGGUUUGGAAAAAGAUGGGGCGGAAUGGAGCACUUCGAGGUGUGAUGAUUUCUCUAUGGCUUCUUGUUAUGAGGAGUAUGCUAGUUACCGCAUUCCUUUCGGUCCGAAUGGUAGACAUUGUGAAGCAAAGAAAUUGGUUUGGAACUCAGAUGUUCCUUUCAAGAUAAAGGCGUUUGGAUGGAGGCUUCUUGCUAAUAGGCUCCCAACAAAAGAUCUCCUUGUUCUCAGAGGUAUUCCGUUAUCUUUUGAUGCUUCCUUGUGCUCUUUUUGUAAGAUUGAUCCGGAGAAUCGGGAUUACUCUUUCUUUUCUUGUUCUUUUGUAAAGAAUAUAUGGAGGGACAUAGCGGUGUGGAUAGGUAAAGAGGGGAUAGUGGAGGAAGAGAGCCUUUCAAGUUUUAUGGAUUGGUACUCCUUUUGUAUAUCAAAAAAAGUAUUGGUUAGGAAGGUAGAUAUUAUAUGGUUGGCUACUUCUUGGGCUAUAUGGUUAAGUAGGAAUGGGGUUUGUUUUAGGGAAGAGCUUUGGAAUUUUGAAGAUGUCAUUUGGAACAUCAAAGCUUUCGUGUGGAGGUGGUCUUUUUGUGGAGAAAAUACUCAUUCCAAUUUUUCUUAUUAUGAUUUUGUCAAAGAUCCGAUCCGAUUCUUAUCAUAA